AAAAAAGCACAAAUUGUUCAAAGCGAGAGUGAAGAAGAGAGAAGAAUCUCUCAAUUUUUCAAUUCUUCACCGCCCAAUUACCCCGCAGCAAUGUCCGAUUCGCCUCCUGCACCACCAUCUCCUGGCUGCGCCGACGAUUCUCAACUCGUCGUCUUCGAAAGUUCCCUCUCCCUGAGCCCUAAUCACCGCGACACAGAAAAGCCCCUUCCUCCACAGGUCCUUCUCGAUCCGGACGACAACAACCCCGAAGACGACGACGACGACGAAGAAGCAGACGAAGUCGAAGAAGGGCAGGAGCACGACCCGCCGGCGGCGAUUUCGCCAGGUAUGUCUUCUCCGGUUCGCGAAGUAACCCUAACUUCCCGGCGAGGGGGAAACAAUAAUAAAGGGAAGGGGAAAAAGGGGAAAGGCAAGGGGAAGGGGAAAGGGAAGACUAACGCUAAGAAACAGCAAGCAAUUGUAGAGAAAUUGCAGACAUUAAUGGAGAAUUUGAUCCUUAUCCCCUUUUCACCCCCAAAAACUCUCGAUUUCGCCAAACACGAAGCGGUUCUUAAGCGGCUAGGGCUUUGGGAUUUCGUUCACGUAGAAUUCGAUAAGCACAUUAGAACUGAUUUAAUUGCAGAGUUAUUAGCUGCAUACGACGGCAAAAAUCGAGCAAGCUACGUGGGCGGGUACAGAAUUAAGGUUAACAGAGCGGAUUUGUCGCGGGCGAUUAAGCUGCCGAUGAAGAAAGGGGCGGAUGCAGAACUGGAGGGAGAGGAUUUGACUGAGGAAUCCAUAGCUUUUAUAUUGGAGAUUGUUUCGGAUUGGUUGCUUUUGCACGAAGAAUUGUGGAUGAUGCCGAACGAAGUGAUGGAAUGGUUGAAGAUGGUCAAGGAAGGGCAUCCGGAGAAGGUCGAUUGGGCGCAAUUGUUGUGGUUUAUGGUGGAGAAGGAGCUGAGGCAGGGCGGGAAGUUGCGGAAAUGUUAUUACGCGACGCACUUGCAGCAUUUGAUCCGGUCGCAGCGGGAGGAUCUUUUUAGGUCGAUUGAGGAGGAGCCAGAGCCGAAAUUGGUGGAAGAAGACGAGGAAGAAGAAGAAGAAUUCCGGGGUAAUAAUGAAGGUAAUAAUGACGAGGAGGAAGAGGAUGCCGAGGUUGUUGGAUUGGUUUCUGUUGGUUGUAAUGAGGAGGACGAUGAUGUAAUGGCUGGGCCGAGUACGGAGCUGACACUCGGACAGGAUGGUGAGAAGGAGGAGAGAAUGAAGGAUGUGAAUAUGAUGGAUGUCGAAAAUUGCGACGGGAGUGACGAGGAAAAGGAAAGGGAAAAGGAAGAAGAAGAAGACGACAACGGAGAUGGCGACGAGGAAGACGAUGAGCAAAGGCAGUGGCUUUUGGAUGGGAGGAAUGGAUUGGGGGAUCAUUUUAUGCAAUCUUGUGAUGCAGAAAACGGCGACGGAUUCGGGAGUUUCGAAAUGAGGAAAGAGGAGGACGACGAGGAAGAGCCGAUGGAUGGAGAAGAAGACGACGAGGAUGCAAGGAAUAUUUUUCAUGGUUUCCCGAGCGAUCCUAUUGAAGACACGCUUGAAGAGGAGCGGUAUCCCGCGAAAUUGGGUAAAACUGUCGAACCAGCGAAUCAUAUGUCGUUUGGCGCCGAGGGGCAGCUCCAUAGCUCGCCGGACGUCAGGCCCGAAAUGCAUUUCUUGAACAAUGCCACCGGUAAGAGAGUGAUUGAGGAGAAUCGUGGAUCCGAUCAUAACAAGAGAAUGAGAAUCGGCGGCGAUUCUUGGGAAAAUAAGCCGGUGGCGGAUAUGGGGGAAUGCUUUGAUCAAAUUCAGCAUUGGAAUGAAAGGGCUCGGCUCGUAUGGGAGGAGAAGGAUCAGGCACUGGCGCAAGCGAACGCGACGCAGCAGAUUCUGCUAAACGAAAUUCACAAACGCGACACUGCGAUUGAAUUCCUCCACAAGACAAAAGCGGACGAGGCGCAGAAAAAGGAUCGCGAGAUUUAUCGACUGGAGCGCGAGCUGUAUUUAAUGGAAACUGUCCUCGACGGUUACCGGAACGCCUUGAAGGACACGCAGAAAGCUUUUGAAGAAUAUAGAGAAAAGGCGCAGCUUCCGGAAGAAUCGACUUACAAAGAUGCCGGCCCUGGAGGACUUAUGUUGACCGCCGCUGAAAUCGAGAGGCUUGAGAAGAAGCGCAAAGAGGAAUAUAAGAUGAAUUGCGUGAUUCUUGAACAGAAGAUGAGGGAAGCGGAAGAAGAUUAUCGUCGCCAAUUUGAUGGGCAUGUGGAGAAGAUUAAUCUCAUGGAUCAGAAGCUGGCAGGCCUUGAGGCCACUGCUAAACAGGUUAUCGAACUUUAUGCGAGUCGAAAAGUUCCAAAAAUUGAAGAAAGAUUGACUGCCAUUGUUGAAGGAACUUCAAUUUUGGAAGAUGAAGAAAAAAUUGUCGAAGCAGGUGAAUCUUUACCUAUUGCAGAAACUGGAGAUAAAGUGGCUGAAGUUACCGAACAAUCCCUAAUUGCGCAGACAGCCGAAAAAACUAUGGAUGAAGAAACUAUGUUUGAAGAGGAAGGAAAUCUACCGGAGAACGAAGAAGGAAAAGAAGAAGAAGAAACUAUGGCCGAAGAAAAAGAAGAAAUUAUGGCCGAUGCGAAGGAAUAAAUUUUUGAGGUAAAUUUGGCGCUUUCUGAUUUAUGCCAAUUGUUAUAUUAUGUUGGAGCCAAUGUGAAUUUGCCGAAGAUGAUCUGUAUGUUUGUCGAUUUCUGUUGACUGUCUUUGAUGAUAGAUUUGGAUAAUAUCUAUGGUACUAACUUGUGAUUCGAAAUUUGAGGUGUUGUUUGCAUUUGUCAA